AUGGACUCUGUGCUCAACCAGCAAGCCAUUCCGCCAUCACGAUACAUGAAUCCGCCUCCACAUCCUUUCUAUGGUCAGUCUAUACCAAGUGUCAUGCAGCCGCCGUUCCAGCAUCUAGGUCCAACGGCGUCAGGUAUUGACGGUCGUGGCCUUUACGGCCCUUAUUGGAAUGAUGGCACUUAUGUUCCAUAUCGCCCUGCCGCCGUCAGAGAUCCGCGUUUCUACCCACAACAUAACAGCCAGUACCCAGCGCAUGAUUUUGUGAAUCCUUGGAACGCUCCCGGGCCAGUUCUUACGUAUCCUGCGUCCUCACAUGUAUGGCCUUCAUACGAUAGUAGUUUGCCAACCGUGUACCCCUCGUUUUCUGGUGUGCACAGUAUGCCUUAUACCCCCGACUUCACCCCCAACUUUGGUCCUUCCCCCGCAAACGCUCAACAGCGUGAGCAGGCAUACAACUGGGCACUUCAAACCUACCGCGAACUAUUGGUGUAUAUUCAGCAAGUGCGCAAGUCUAGUCGACAGCCCUCAUCACCGUACCAGGCCUCUUCUCCUGGUCCAAAGUUUUACCCGAAGCCUCCAAAGUUUUCUGGGGCUCUUUCCUCGAUCCCUUCUGCCGAUUCGACAAGCUCUCAUUCGAUACGAAAGAAUUCUAUCUCGUCGCCAUAUGGAAACACUUACCCAUACGGCCCAAGCCCAUACGCCAUGCAUUCUUCAACGCCUUUGCCUUCUCCCGGAGCCAUGGUUCCACCCAUAGCUACACCUCUGUCGCCUGAUGUUUCACCGCCGACCCGAGCUGCCAGUGCCUUGACUUUGAUUACAAAAUUUUGCAACGAGACUUCCUGGCAAUGGGCUGACGGUAUACAUCUUGCCGGAUGUAUCGCGUACGGCCUUGGGUGUUAUCAGAAAGCCGAGGACUUUUAUCUCAAAGUCCUGUGUCUUGAGUCACGGCAUAUCGAGGCAAUGUCGAAUCUAGCUGCAACACUGGUAGCUCUGGAACGCAAGAAUGAGGCUGAGGAGUAUUGGAUGAAGGUUGUUAAAUUUGCACCCAACUACUUUGAGGCAGUUGAACAUCUAGUAGGUCUACUUUGCAGCACCUCGCGAGGAAAAGAAGCCAUCAAAGUCAUUGAAUUUGUCGAAAGAUCAUUACGGAACUCCAGAUCUCGUGAGCCACAAAAGGCUUCUGAUCACCACAGUGAGUUGUCCUCUAAUGACAGUCGUUCGUCCUGUGUUUCCGACAAAUCCGAUCCUCCGAUUUACGAUUUUGAAGCAGACGGCGAGUUUCUACGUGAACCUUCAAGUCCCAAGGAGCCUGGCUUCGGUUCAAGCGGAUACUCUAUCCCUGGAGCUGACAACGGACGCAUGCUUGCAUUAGUUCAUGCGAAGGGCAACAUGCUAUACACAUUGGGCGACAACAACGGUGCAGCCAAAGCUUUCGAAGAUGCGGUGCUGGUCGCAACCGGUCGUUCCUUCUCGGGCAUCGCUCAGCUUGUUACUCAUGUCCUCUCCGUUAUCUCUGUAUCUGGUCGUCCAAGUGUCGAAAACGUCGAGCCUGUACUCUUGUAUCCCGAGCAGGCUGCGAAUACAGCUCGUUUGUGCUUCCCAGAUCAUGGAGAACUGGCUGGUCUGCGAUACAUACCCGCUUCACCUUCAAGCCCUGCUAAGAGCGCCGCAGUCGCGAUAGCGAGCAACUCCCUUCUAUCACUUGCCAAGAUCUUUCAAGAUGGUAUGGGCAAAAACGUCCAAGGCGCUGGUGGAAAACCAAUGGUGUCUGGCGUGAGGGAAAUUCUCGCGCUCUACUACCUUUCGCUGUCAUUGCAGCCCAGCCCGUCUACCGCUAACAACGUGGGCAUCCUCCUGGCUAGCGUUCAGCAGUCCGUCCAACCAGCAAUGGCUUUUGUCAGUUCUCCCGUUUUCAAACAGGACAUUCCCGGUGUGCAUCCUGGAAGCGGCAUAGCACUCGCUCUCGCAUACUACAACUACGGUCUUAUGCUCGACUCCAGACAUGCUCACCUGUAUACAAAUCUUGGCAGCCUUCUGAAGGACAUCGGUCAACUUGAUGCAGCCAUCGAGAUGUAUAGAAGGGCUAUCCAAUGUGACGGUAAAUUCGAUAUCGCUUUAGCAAAUCUUGCAAAUGCCGUCAAAGAUAAGGGCAAGAUUGCCGAAGCGAUCGAAUACUACAAGCGAGCCGUCGACGUGAACCCUGACUUUGCUGAAGCCGUAUGCGGUCUGGCGAAUGCACUCAAUUCGGUCUGCUCAUGGCAAGCAAGAGGAGGCAUUGCCACAGAUGGUGGAAAGCGCGACCGCUGGCACGUGGAUCAAAACGGCAUGUUGCUGAGCGCAGCACUUUCUACACCUUCAAGUACUGGCUGGAUCAACCGCGUCGUUCAUAUUGUUGAGAAACAGCUUACAGAAGGAGAGGGCUGGGGCCGUGGAACAUUAACGCCGGCCAUCAUCGACUCUCUGAUUCAGCAAACCAGAGAUUUCGACAAUGACACGCAGGGAUUUGCGAACGAUGAACGACGUCUUCGACAGAUGAUCGCAAGCUGGUCUGGCCAGAAAUGGGAAGGCGCGCGUUGCAUCAAGCUCAUUGAACGUCUAACGAGACGCAUCAGCUGGCACUGGUACCAAGACAAGUAUGUGCGGAAAAAGGGUACAAGGUCAAGUUAUCUGAGGCCUCGGCUUCCCACGGCCCUCAAUGUCCCAAACGCACCUACAGUUUUGCCCUUCCACACCUUUACUUGCCCAGUGUCCGCAAAGCAGGUCCGCCUCAUCUCAGAACGUAAUGGUUAUCGCAUUUCGACUUUGACAUUGCGCAUGCCUUGGCUGCCCGCUAACGUAUAUCCUCCGCCAUCCCCUCCGUCCCCAGAGCUCAAGGUUGGCUACGUUUCAUCAGAUUUCAACAACCAUCCAUUGGCUCAUCUCAUGCAAUCAAUCUUUGGCUUGCACGAUCAGCGACGAGUCGAGGCUUUCUGCUAUGCCACCACUGCCUCAGACAAUUCACCCUACCGGCGAAAGAUUGAAGAGGAGUCGCCGAAUUUCCAUGAUGUGAGCAGUUGGACAACUGAGCGCCUCAUCAACCAGAUUGUAUCGGAUGGGAUUCAUAUCCUUGUUAACCUCAAUGGAUACACAAGAGGUGCCCGUAACGAGGUAUUCGCUGCGCGCCCGGCCCCAAUCCAAAUGGCUUUCAUGGGAUUCGCUGGUACCUUGGGAGCUGAAUGGUGCGACUAUCUUCUUGCCGACGAUACUGCCGUACCACCUUCUGCUCUUCGACCAUGGCGACGAAAUCUUGAUGUUCAAGACCGAGUGAUCCACGAAGCAGAAAGCGAAGAGGGUGACUGGGUAUACGGAGAAAACCUCGUGUACUGCCGGGAUACGUUCUUCUGUUGCGACCAUCGACAAAGUGCACCAGAUUCUGGAGAAUGCAGGUUGACGUGGGAAGAUCAGCAAAUACAACGAUGGAAGAUGAGAAAAGAAAUAUUUCCAGCCCUUGCUGACGAUGUUGUCAUCUUUGGAAACUUCAAUCAGCUUUACAAAAUCGAGCCUACCACGUUCCGUACCUGGCUUCGUAUACUGGCUCAAGUCCCAAACAGCAUCUUAUGGCUUCUGCGAUUCCCAGACGUGGGCGAGAUGCACCUCAAGCGCACUGCUGAGGCAUGGGCUGGACCCAAUGUGGCCGCUCGUCUUGUAUUCACUGAUGUGGCGCCCAAGCAUCUACACAUCAGCCGUGCUCGAGUUUGCGACCUCUUCUUGGACACUCCCGAGUGCAAUGCGCACACCACGGCCGCCGAUUGUCUCUGGAGUGGCACGCCUCUACUCACAUUGCCACGCUAUGAGUACAAGAUGUGCAGUCGCAUGGCAGCCUCGAUUCUGAAAGGCGCUCUGCCCAAGUCACCAGUCGACGUCCGUGAGGCUGCCGAAAGAGACUUGAUCGCAUCAUCCGACACGGAAUAUGAAGAGGUAGCUAUUCGGCUGGGCAAAGGACUCAUUUAUCCGAAGUCAGGACCUGAUGUAGGCAAGGGUGGAGGAAGACUAGUCGAGCUCCGGAAGAUCUUGACCGAGUCAAGAUGGACUUCCGCUUUGUUCGACACUGCGCGAUGGACUCGCGACCUUGAGGAUGCGUAUGAUGAAGCGUGGAGACGUUGGGUUGCUGGUGAAGGUGGCGACAUCUGGCUGAAAGAUGUUCCUCGUGGCGGUCAUAGGAUACAAGAAGUUUGA